GUCUAUGUGUUCCAGGUGUUACGUUUGUGUGUCUUGUCUAUGUGUUCCAGGUGCUACGUUUGUGUGUCUUGUCUAUGUGUUCCAGGUGUUACGUUUGUGUGUCUUGUCUAUGUGUUCCAGGUGCUACGUUUGUGUGUCUUGUCUAUGUGUUCCAGGUGUUAGUCAUGUCUUGUCUAUGUGUUCCAGGUGUUACGUUUGUGUGUCUUGUCUAUGUGUUCCAGGUGUUACGUUUGUGUGUCUUGUCUAUGUGUUCCAGGUGUUACGUUUGUGUGUCUUGUCUAUGUGUUCCAGGUGUUACGUUUGUGUGUCUUGUCUUUGUGUUCCAGGUGUUACGUUUAUGUCUUGUCUAUGUGUUCCAGGUGUUACGUUUGUGUGUCUUGUCUAUGUGUUCCAGGUGUUAUGUUUGUGUGUCUUGUCUUUGUGUUCCAGGUGUUACGUUUGUCUUGUCCAUGUGUUCCAGGUGUUACGUUUGUGUCUUGUCCAUGUGUUCCAGGUGUUACGUUUGUGUCUUGUCCAUGUGUUCCAGGUGUUACGUUUGUGUCUUGUCCAUGUGUUCCAGGUGUUACGUUUGUGUCUUGUCUUUGUGUUCCAGGUGUUGAAGUUUGCAGAGCAGCGCUACCAGCAGAAGAUGAACGCGUCAGUCCCUGACAGCCAGCUAGACGCUAUUGGCUGCCUCCCCAUGGCCAUCCCCUUUGUGCUUCUCUCUGCCACAGCCAAUGAGGACCAAGCUGUGUCUGCAGCGGUAGAGUUUGUCCGGCUCACCCACCCCCACCCCAAGGUGGAGAAAUAUGUGACGCUGUACGCCCGAGCCCUCCAUGCCACUCUGAAUGGGGCGUGUCUGAAGCAGCAAGCGGAGGCCGCCCUCAAGUCACCCGACCUGGACGCAUGGGACACUUGCAAGCCCUACAUACAGAAAGCAGCCAGGUUUCCAACCUCUUCUGCAGAGGGGCUCAAGGUUCACCAGAGUGCUGUGGAAAUGCUUGGCAUGGCCUGCUACACCCGAGGUGCCCUCAGUAGUAUGUUCUACCUAGCACAUGAGUUUCACAACGACCCUCAUGGAGGGAUCCUGGCAAACACCAAUUGUGGCGGAGAGAACUGCAACAGGGGUUCUGCUUUGGGGGCUCUGCUGGGGGCGAGGGCAGGGUACACGGGUGGAUCUGUACCCCAGGAGUGGAAGGAUGGAUUGAGGAACACACAGGAACCCAUCCAUGAAAUAGUAAAGAAGCUCCGAGACUGCCCCCUAUAGGACUUAAAGCGAGCAUCAGAGCACUGACACACAUACCUCUGUUUGGUUGGUGUAACUCAUAACAACAUCUGUGUACAUAUGUUUGUUGAUUUUGAGCCUUUUAUUGGCCUUGGUAUUCACAUGCUGGCCAUUGUAUGCACAAAAAUGUACCUUACAAUGAAAGAUUACAAUGCACAAAUAAUUACAUCGUGUAAAAGUGCUUAUUUUCCCAAUUUUACUCUUUAAGGCCUUCCAGGUUUACCUUGGUUUACUCCCCAGCUUAAAGCACAGCUAUCUCUCUCGACCAUACAUCAAGUAACUAUUCUCAGCUGUGUCUCCAUUAAAUAUAUUUUAGAGAUCAGUUGGAGUUUACGCACUAAAGGCGUCCGCAUACAUAGGUUCGGUUUGCUCCUAGCAGAACUCGGCCAGGCGAAGUGAACGUCUGUGAACGUCUGUGCUCGCAUACUCCCUUAAAAUUACCUAAUUUGAAAAAUUAGAAAGAAGUGGAAAUAUUACUGUUUGUACCUCUUGAGACGCCAUAGUCCGUACACUCACUUCCUCAAAAUAGUCUCAAUUAAUCUGUAAAUAAUUUGGCGUUUUUUCUGAGGAGGUCUUAGUUGUGCAAAUUUACAUCUAAGAUUGUUGGUGCAGUAUUUCUAACUAGUCAUCUCUCGUUGAACGACAACAAGCACUUCAUUGCAGAUCCCAUAUUGUUGACCAAUCACCGACGAAGGGGCGUAGACUUUGGCUACGGAACUUUGACAAGCCUCAAGAAAAACAUGUGUGAUGAACAGCCCAGGGGGAAAACCCUGCCGAACGCUGCCGAACACCUAAAACGUCACAGAAUUUCAUCCUAAUAUAUGCGGGAUCUUUUUCGACUUUGAAUCAUACCGUAAGCUUUAAACUCAUAUCGAGUUUGAGUUGAAGAAGAAAAAGUUAACCUAGUUUAAAGUACAAUUGAUCAUAUACAUUGAUUGCAGAAGCAGGUAGACAGUAGCCUGCAACAUUUCUACAUUCCUUGUUUCCAAGUUAUGCGAAGGGAAACAUUGUGAAUUAAUUAUGGCAGUUCAAUGAUAACUUAUUUUAUCAGUCUUAUUUUCAUUUGGAUAUAACCUAGUGAAGUUAUUUGAAAGGUAAUAUGCCCUGCAGAAUUGUGUUUUAAAGUUGAAUAAAAGCAUUUAUGCUGGUCGAUUAUGCGCACAAACAAUAGUAUACACUGUUACAAUCUUAUGUACUGUAAUUAAGGUGUGAAAACAUUCAUUAUCUAACAUCUACAGUACAUGCUGCUUUUCACAUGGAUCAUGUUUAUUAUCUAUAUAUUUUUGUAUCCUUCAGGCCCAAUAAAUGGUGUCUCAUUACCAAAUCUAA